AAAUUCAGAAUAUUUUUGCCUUUUCAACUCAUUCAUUGAAACCCUCCUUGAUUUUUCUUUCUGUUCCCACUAAAACACUUUGUAAACUGUCUAGUUCUUGAGCUUUGUGUAACUAUACUGUUUUUUCAGUUAUAUUCUGAUGACCCAAGUCAAGAAAACAGUAAUCCAUUACAAACAUCAUAAGUUCUUGUCAAAUUCUGAGCUUAGGCUUCAGCUAAUCCAUUUUUCUUGAGUUUUCAGUACUGUGUACUUUCUUCUUGUUGCUUCAGAGACACUGUUGCUGUCUCUACUUUAUCUGGAAACUUAUGUGUCUUUGUUCCUUUUAGGCCAUGUGCAAAUUCUUUUUGUGUCUUUUUCAUGCUUUUGGUCAUCAGACAUGGUUGAGUAUGUGAAAAUUAAUGAUCUUUAAGCUUGGUUUUGUGGUUCUUGUGAGGAAGAUGAAAAUGCAGUUCUUUCUAAUGGUGAUCAUUUGCUUCAUGAUUGUUGAUGUCUGGGCAGUUCUUGGAUUUGCAGGCUUUAAAGUACCUACAUCAUCCAUUGCGCCUACAACGCCAUCUUUUCAUCAUCAUGCUAAUAAGCCAGAACUUGGUUCUUCACCUUCACCAUCACCAUCACAAACAUAUUUCAAACACCAUCACAAAAGACAGAAGUUCAAAGACUUGGCCCCUGGUAUAUCUCAUCAGCUCCAUCCUCCUACUAAUAGCCAACAAGGCCCUUCACUGUCUCCACUUAUUUCUGCUUCCACUCCGACUAGGAGUUGGAGUGCAAUCAGUCCUGCUCAGGCACCAACAAUAUCAUCAUUUCAGCCUCAAAUAUCUACUACUUCGCCUACAGUUUCUCCAUUAAGCUCUUCUAUGAAGAAGAAGAUUUUACCGCCUCCAACGGUAUUGACACUACCACCACCUCCUCCUAGUGAAGGUUGUGCAUCUGUGACAUGCACGGUACCACUGACUUAUACACCUGGUGGAGCUCCGUGUAGUUGUGUUUGGCCUAUUGAAGUUAGACUAGGCCUCAGUGUCUCCCUGUAUGUAUUUUUUCCUUUAGUGUCAGAGCUAGCCAGAGAGGUCGCAACUGGCCUAUCACUAAAUCUAAGUCAAGUACGAAUAAUGGGUGCCAAUGCAGCAGUCCAGCAGCCAGAAAAAACCAUGGUCCUCAUUAACUUGGUACCACUAAGAGAGAACUUUGAUAAUGAUACAGCAUUUAUGAUCUACAGAAAGUUCUGGAAGAAGCAGGUCUAUAUAAAAACUUCCCUCUUUGGUGCCUCCAGAGCGGUACAUGUUAGUUAUCCAGGUCUUCCUCCUUCUCCGCCAUCAGCACAUUCAAGUGCUGUUAAUAUAGAUGAUCAUCAGUACCCUCACAGUGAAAAUGAUGGCAUGCCUGAAAAACCAUUAGGGGUUGAUGUGGCAAGUGCAAGGAAGGGUGGGACUGACCGAAGCUUGGUAGCUGUAAUUAUUAUAUCAUCAGUCACAGCAUUUAUUGUUUGUAUGGGAGUCAUCUGGUUUCUGUUGGUGAAAUGUGGAUGUUCCAUUUGUCAACCAAAUCAAACCGAUAUUGUAUCCUCUCGCAGUAAACCAUCAGGGACCAACAAGUCAUUGAUGUAUGGAAGCAGACCCAGUUCAGCAUCAAUGUCGUAUAGUUCUAGCAUACUGGCAUAUACAGGGACUGCUAAAGUAUUUAGUUUGAAUGACAUGCAAAGAGCUACUGAAAAUUUUGCUGCUUCAAGAAUUAUUGGAGAGGGUGGCUUCGGACUAGUCUAUAGUGGAACUCUUGAUGAUAGAAGGGAGGUGGCUGUGAAGGUUCUAAAAAGAGAUGAUCAGCAAGGUGGCCGUGAGUUCUUAGCAGAAGUUGAGAUGCUUAGUCGUCUGCACCACAGAAACUUGGUGAAAUUGAUUGGUAUAUGCACGGAUGACCAAUAUCGAUGCCUGGUCUAUGAACUUGUUCCCAAUGGCAGUGUGGAAUCCCACUUACAUGGAAGUGACAAGGAAAGUGCUCCACUUGAUUGGAGUGCCAGACUGAAGAUCGCUCUGGGAUCUGCCCGUGGUUUAGCUUAUCUGCAUGAAGACUCAAGCCCUCGCGUCAUACACAGAGACUUUAAGGCAAGCAACAUUCUUUUAGAACACGAUUUUACACCUAAAGUUUCAGAUUUUGGAUUGGCUAAAACAACACUUGACGGGGAGAACAGGCACAUCUCAACGCAUGUAAUGGGAACUUUUGGUUACUUGGCUCCGGAGUAUGCUAUGACUGGGCAUCUGCUUGUUAAAAGUGAUGUUUACAGCUACGGUGUAGUUCUCCUUGAACUUCUAACUGGAAGAAAGCCAGUGGAUUUGUCACAGCCACCAGGUCAAGAAAAUCUUGUCGCUUGGGCACGUCCUCUUCUCUCAAGUAAAGAAUCUUUGGAAACACUAAUUGAUCAUACAUUCAAGCAAAACAUCCCAUUAGACAGUGUAUCUAAAGUUGCAGCUAUUGCAUCAAUGUGUGUCCAACCAGAAGUAUCUCACCGUCCUUUUAUGGGUGAGGUUGUUCAAGCCUUAAAGCUAGUGUGCAAUGAGUUUGAUGAAAUAAAAGAGUCUAUUACAAGAAGCAGCAGCCAGGAAGACUUUCUCAUGGAUAAGCACAAUGAACACACCUCUGAACUUAUGGAGGCCACAGGGAUCGAUGACCCUCUGUUCGGCUAUGAUCCCAUACUGGAUACCAAGAUCCCAAUGUCAGCUACGGAUUUAAGGUAUGCAUCAGCUGGAUUUGAGGAACAAGAGUCUAUGUCUUUCAGAAGAAUUUCUAAUUCCGCACCCCUAAAAAUGGUAAAGAAGAAGCAACUCUGGCAACGAUUAUGGGGCCUGUCUAGAGGAAGCAUGAGUGAACAUGGAUCGACCGGGAACUAGUGGACAUAGCUUGACUGAGAGAGAUUCUUUUGCUGAUGUAGUGUAAACACUCAUCAGUUAAAAGGCUGGAAAAAUUAUCCAGUUCAAUAAGGUGCUUUGUAAAUGGCCGCGAGACAGUAAUGCAGUUAAGAUAUUCUCACUAGUUCUGUUUUGUAAUUAUGUAGUUGACCAUAGCUUUCCAAGCAUAUCCAAUCCCAGUUCUGAUCUAAGCAUAUGCUAAUGUAUGUACCAUUGUACUUGAACUGUGUAACCCUUCUGUGGCUAUAAUGAUAUACAGUUAUACCUCUCA